AAAGAUUAAUGGUCUCAUCCCCUCAAUCUCUUAUAGAUCAUCAUCAGUUCAGUGCGCAGCGCUUGCUAUUGGUUUUGUGAAUAUGGAUGUCUCCAAGCCUAAAGUGAGCAGCAAGGUUGCCACACGGGCCACGGCACCCGGCAGUCCCCACAAGGGCCCGCCCAAGUUCAAACAGAGGUCAACACGCCAGUUCAAGAGCAAGCCGCCCAAAAAGGGUGUCAUUGGAUUUGGUGAAGAAAUUCCUGGAAUGGAGGGUUUGGGAACUGGUAUGUACAAUUUUUAG